AUGGUCUCACCUCUUUCAGUUUCGCCGGAUACCCCAACAUAUAUAGCGUUUAUCUUGAACUUUACCAUCGGGUUUUGCAAUUACAUUCGAUUUUCUGCAGUCAAUCUGAUUGGCAGUGAGCUAGAGAAUAUAUCUGACUGGCUCCUUCGGAUCUUCCAAUUGACCGAUAAUUCGCCUCAAUAUGUCAUAAAUGUAUGCCAGGUGUUCUAUCUUUUGUGUGCGCUGGUAAAGUGUGUUCAAAAUUCUUGGUCAAACCACAAGUCUACCCUCGACUCUCUGGAGAACUCUAGGCAUCACGGAAUAUCAGCCAUCGUUCCAAGAGUAUUAAAAAAUCAUCAAGCUCAAAAGAAGCCGUUUACGCCUUACGAUAAACUCGUUCAUACUUUAAGGCUAGUUUUUGGAAUUGCUUUUGCACUCGCAUUACAAACCGGCAUUCCUUCUGUGAUCCUCGAAGCAUACUCUGCGAACCCGAUCGAUGCCUUUGCAGACGAGGAUUUGUACUUUGAAAGGUUUUUCUCGAUCUCUAAAUAUUCGGCAUUCUUGCUAGCCAACACGGCAAGCUCUAUUUUUUGGCUUUGGGCAUCGUGUUUAUAUGUAUGUCCGGAUGUUCCGUUUAAAAUUGUGGUUGUCCCCGUUGUUUAUAUGAUUAAGGUCAUCUUAUUCUUUGUCGUUAGAAGGAUAUUCCGCAAUUGUUGGAACCCAGAUGCCUCCAAUGUGGGAAGUUAUGUCCAGCUCUACUUGUCUCCAUAUACAGCUUACCCCUGCAUUUUGUUCUCUUUUGGAAUGCUGGUGUUGAUUGCCGGUGUGAUUGGCACUCCAGAUCCUGCUAUAACGGGCCGAAUCAAGAUCCCUUCUAUUUUUCUAUUUAUUGUUUUGUCGAGCCUUAGCGGGAUAUUAAUUUCCAACAUCAACUUCCUGCCUAAAAUGCUUUUCGAACUUUUAAGAUCCGAUAUUUCAAGCUCAGGUUCGUAUGUGCUUGCCUUGCAUUUCUUUCCGUUUAAUUACAACGGAAACCUGUCAUCAUUCGCAUUUUGCAUGCUUACUUUCCUAAUGUUCAUGGAAACCGGUGCUCGCAGUGCCUCUUCGUCUUUCAAAACCCCUGUAAACUCGUGGGGUGAGGCUUUUCAAGAAAUUUACAAGUAUCUGAUGUGCGUCUCUUCUGUCAUUUCCAGUGUGGAACGCUAUCCUAUCUCCGUGAUUGCAGCUGCAUUUUACCUGAUUAAGCCCUUUAAAAUUACGCUCCCAUCGGUUAAUAGCGAGUAA